AUGAUGGCUUGCACCUAUGGUUCUGCUGAGCUCGUUAAUCUACUGCUUUCUGCUGGAGCAGAUUGCACAUGUAUGGAUAAUCGCAGCAAUACCGUAUAUCAUGCAGCGGCUGUCAGCGGCAAUGAUGACAUCCUCCAGCUCCUAAUCCGCUUUGGAGGAGAUCUACAAGGAAAGUUAUAUGCGGCAAAUAAGGACGGUAAAACUCCACUUCUCUUGGCCGUAGAACGAAACUAUUUGAGUACUGUGGCCAUCAUUCUUGCUCUGAUGCCUAAAGAUCGUCAAGAUAUAGACAAGCUUCACCAGGAAUUAUUGCAUACUGCCGCCUAUGGAGGCUAUCUCGACGUGUGCAAAAUGUUGAUUGAGAACGGAUGCGACCCCCGCUUGCGCGGUGAUGUAUGGAAUCUUCCGCUUCACUUGGCUGCGAAAUCAAAUAAAGCUGAUGUUGUGCAGUAUCUACUUGAAAUCGCUCCUGACACAAUCGAAAAGAACAACCUAUGCCAUAUCACACCAUUUCACGCAGCAGUAAUGAAUGAUGCACUCGAGACAGUAAAGGUUCUCGUUGAACAUGGUGCCAACAUACUAUUCAACGGCAGAGACGGAGAGACGCCCAUCAUUGCCGCUUCAAAGAAUAAUGCUGUUGAUGUGUUGUCGGUAAGUGUGUUGUGUUGAAU